AUGGAUCAAACUCGAUGGGAGCUGAUUGGGAAGAGAGGUCGCUGGCAAAUUCGACAAAUCAACCCUUACACCGAUGGUGACCAACGUCACUGGCCUCCUCGGCCUUAUCGACCAAGCUCUGAAGAGCGGUACUUGAUUCAACUUGGAAAGGCUUGGGCGCAGAAAGACGAACUUGAUGAGCCAGGCGUCGAGUAUUAUCUGAACAAGCUGCCCGACGGCUAUGCUUUGUUUGAAUUAGACCAGCCUAGUGGAAAUCAGGUUUACAAAAGACUCUUUGGACAUCCUUCCGGAAAAUUCUACGACUCGAUUGUCAAAUUCCAAAUCCAUUUCUUAUGGCUCAUGUCAGGCAUGCAAGGCAUUUGCAAAUGUGUGCACUGCGGCAAUCCCAAACUCCGAACCAUCAUUUCACGGAAUCGCCCCCAAGUUGAACACGUUGUGCGGAAAUUCGAGAAAAGAAGAAACACCACUGGAGUUGAGAGUGAGACUUCGACAAGAUCAAACUCCACCAACGGCCGUGGCCUGGGUGCUCCCUCGACCAGGCCACAACGCCAAAUCAAAGCCGCGGGGGCUCCAUACGCCACAGAUGAGGAAGGAGUCGAAGAUGUCUUCAAAGAUUAUCUCAAGAGACUUGAAGCAGCCAAGGGAGGAAAGAAGGGUAUCGAGGACGAUAUAAGAGAAGUCAACUCCAUGGACUGGAGAGCCGAGCAUGCUUGGGACGGUUACGGAAUCGAUCAGAUCGAGCACAGCCUGACUGUGAUUAAGCUCCAGCAUUCUUUCAUACCUCGACUCGGCGAACUUGUCUUGUGGUGUCCGAACUUCCUUGGUCAACACUACCUCAUGCUUGAUAAAGAGAAACUGGAAUUCAAGUUCUAUUCUUUCGACCAGAAAAGCUUCCACGGCUUCCCGGAAUGGAGAGGCGGGGUCAUUGCUGCGGUUCCGUCCGCGACGGCACUCGAUAAACCUAUUGACUUUCCUGAUAUUCAGAAUCUGCCAGGCAAGCGAAAUUCUCUCAAUGCCGCUGGGUUUCGUGUUGAGACGUUCCCAGACCCAAAUGAUGAAAUCGACAAAAAAGCAUCGAAACAAUAUCGCUACGUGCCCAUGCGAAAUAUUCGCCCGUUGAGUCAUUGGCAAAUGCUCCUCCGUGGCAUCCCCCGAGACAAAUGGCACCCAUCAAUCGAGUCGGCCUUGACGUGCAUGACGAGUCUGUCGCUACUUGAGAAGUGGUGGUUCAACGGAGGCUGGCCAUAUGCGAGCAUUUGGUGCAAGGGCAUCUAUCUAGGAUCAGAACUUGUCAUUAUUGGUGACACUGUUCGACUUGCGCCCCAGCCUACCCCAUCCAGCAAGCGGCGGGAGUGCACAGAUGUCAUGGUUGUGGAUUCCGUCCGGCUGAAUCUUCUCAACAUCAGGGCGGAGCAUACCAUGCCAGAGUCACCUGUGCUAUCAUCAGCAUCAUCAAUCACGCUUGUGGGAAGAGCGUACACACUUGACAUUCGCCGUCACUACCAGAUGCAAGGAAAGGAUCCUGAUGCGGACCAAAUUGAUCUUCCAUCCCCUGUGCCUCUAGAAGAGGUCAAGACCGUAUUCCGACCGGUCGGUACCGGAGAAUACGGCUCCUGGUAUCAUCUCCACGGUCCCCGUCAGCGAUAUGAGGUAUCCUACGACCAAGUCCUGGGCAGAUUAUACGAAGCCGAUGCUGUCAAAAUUUGGACCGGACUAUUGCAGUUCAACCCUGCCCCGGGUGAAAAGCCAAACAUCAAACCAGGCUUGACUUUCGAUGUUGGCGCCAUCGAGGAAGGCCGCAGAUAUGCAACUCAAGCUGACAAGAGACUCGAAGAGGCGGAAAAGGGUGAAGUGCUAUGGUUUUGGGCAGACACAAGAGCCGAAGCACUGGAUAUCGAAACCAUCAAUGGAUGUGAAGUCGGGAGAUACAACAACAUCCGAGAUCCACACACCCUGGAGGAGUGGAAGAUGAAGCUCAAAGUUCUAAAUGGCCAGCAAGUGACAUCAGACUUGUUUCAGUGCACUUCGAGCUAUCCUUCGCUUACAGGCGCACCGAGAAGGAGGCCACCCGGAUCAAAAGUUGUCAAUGGCAAACUCAUCAAACCAAGGAACGAAGGAUACGACGAGGCGGUGGCGGGAAACCGGCCGGAACCUCAGUCAACACCAAGACACAAGAGCAGCCAACUUGCAGGUGCGGCCCUCAUAUCAACAGAUGAAGAAGACGAGGUUUUCGAAGAUGCCGGGGAGGAGUUUCUUUCGGAGGUGGAAGGUAAUUUAAGACAUGCUGGCGUCCGAAAACAAAGUCCAACAACACCCAAGCAGAGGCAGACUCGAACAAAGGCGCAAAUCAUGUCAAACGAUGAGGUUUAUAUUUCUGGUGACGACGAUGAGUGGUAUAACGAACCGCUACCGCUGGCGAGGGGGGGAACAGAGGAAACCGAAGGUGGGGAUUAUGACCCUCGCUCUGAGGAUGUGAAAAAGGACUCUGAAUAG